AAGAUACGCCACUUGGGAACAUGGACACAAAAGAGAACCAAAUAGAAAGGCACAAAGAAGGGGAAAGAGGGGAAAACAAAAUUGGGAGUGUGAGAGUUUAGAAGAGAGAGAGAAGUUGUCAGUCGCUGUACAUCGCAGAGGACCCUUCUGGACAGGACCCAGGACCACCCCCACCCCUCACCCCCCACCCCAUACCUCCACACCCUCAACCUAACCCCCCAACACACUUAGUCCACUGAGGAGGAGACGUUACAUUUCUCUAGACUUUCUCCUCUCUCCUCUCCUCCUGUCAUCCUCUUCCCGUCCCUCCAUUGCAUGGUCGGAGAAAGAGGACAGCCCGGCAGAGUGUGCUUCAUGGGAGUGUGUCUGGACCCAUGGCGUGCUACUACAUUGUGAUUAGCUCCACCCACCUGCGCCAGGGCCACCUGCGGAGUGUCAAGGGGGUGUUUCGUGGACCGCUCAACCAGGAAGCAACCAGAAACCUGCAGCAUGCAGAGCGGGAGAGCGCUGAGGGGGCGGGGCCUGAGGGGGCAGGGCCUGAGGGGGCGGGUCCACAGGGCCGGAUGUCUGGCUUCCACUGCCAGCUGUGUGACAAACACUACCUCCACUCCCAGCAGUACGACAACCACAUCAGCUCCUACGAUCAUGCCCACAAACAGAGACUGAAGGAUCUCUACCAGAGAGAGUUCUGGAGGAACGUGGCGUCUAAGAGCUGCAGAGACGAAAGGAGGCAGCAAAGGGCCCUGCGUCGGAUUCACCAGCUAGCAGAGCAGAGGAGGGAGGCAGCAUGCGCUCCAGGCAGUGGCCCCAUGUUCAGGUGCACCACGGUGACCCCAGCCCCCUCUGGCCCCGUGCAGCAGCCCCCCCACAGCAGCACCUUCUCCUUCCCCUUCCCCCACAGGCGUGGCCCUCGCCUGGAGCCCUCCGCCCCGGCUUUCACUGACCAGGAGGAGGUGGGGCUGGGCAGGAUGCAGGUGCCUGCCCUCCCCCCGCGAGCACCCACCCCCACCCCUCCCUUGCCUGGCCCCAGCAGAAAGUCUGAUAUAUUACCAGCCUGGCCGGGUGAGGUCGCACCCCCUGACGAUGGAUCUGAGGGUCAGAGGUCAUGCGAGGUGUCUUCUGGGUCUAGGGAUAGUCCGGUCCUGCCCUCCACCGCACGGAAAGUCCCCCUUCCUGGCUGCUCUGACCUGGACCAGCUGGGUCGGACUGAAGCCAGACAAGAAGUGGGGAGGCCUGGAGGAACGGAACCAGAAAGGGUCAGGGCUGGUGCCAGCCCGGGGUACUGCAAAGUUCUCAGCAGAGAUGGGAAAACUGUUCUCCUGUGGCCCUCAGAAAUGAUUAGCUUCACCAGAACUGGCCCCUCAAUCUCCUACAGUUGUAACCCUCUACUUUAUGACUUCAGAGGCUGCAGAGGGAGGCAGGCCCAGGAAACAGAAGUAGAAGACAAGAGCUUUGGCCAUGGAGGUGUUCCUGAAGCACCUUCUAAUGUUAGGAAUCUUCUAGAUCCACCCUGCAACAAUGGAGAUGUACUAGAUCCCCCCUGUAACCAUGAAUGUGUUGUAGAACCACCCUGUAAAGACGAAGAUGUUCUAGAACCAAUUUGUUGCACUAGGCAUAUUUUGGAAGAAGCCUGGAACCCCAUAGAUGUCCCACAACCACCUUCUAGCAAUGGACAUGUUCUAGAACCACCCUCUAUCCAUGGAGAUGUUUUAGAACCAAGGUAUUCACAUGGAAAUGCACAACUACCCUGUAACCAUGGAGAUGUAGAACCAGCAGAUAACCAUGGAGGUGUUCUAGAAACGUGUGUGUUCCAGGGACGGCCAGCCAGCUCAACGGGGCCUAGCAAGGGGCUUGAACACAACUAUGGCUGUCAUCGUUGUUGCUGUUCAGGUCCAUCCCAGACAGCCCUGUCAAGGAGGAGGAGACGGGGGAGGAGGAGGGGGAGGAGGAGGAAGGGACACAGGAGAGGGUUGACUCACAGAGGAAAGCCCUGUAGUUAUCAACCUAAACUGACCAAUCAUCUGGAACAACUUGGCAACCACAUCCCCAACAACACCCUACAGCAACCUGGCAACCGCAUCCCCAACAACACCCUACUGCAACCUGGCAACCGCAUCCCCAACAACAACCUUCUGAAACCUGUCAAACAAAUCCUUGAAAACAACUUCAUCAAACCUGCCAACCACAUCCUUGAACACAACUUCAUCAAACCUGACAACCACCUCUUUGAAAACACCUACCUCACACCUGUUAAUUGCAUCCCCGACUACACCUUUGUGCAAUCUAGCAACCGUAUCCCUGAUUAUGCCGUCCCCCUGUCAGAAUGGAGCUUUGCUCCCCCAGAGCCUUUCUCCGCCCUCCUCCCUCGACGUCGGUCCUGCCCUCCCCCGGACUCCACCCCCUGGAUGUAA